AUGUCUUCAAGCAAAGACACAAUUCCCUCGUAUAUGCGUACUGAUUCGUAUUUGCAAACAACUUUAUUCAAUCCUUCAGUUCCGGCAGCAAAAGCUAAAGAUGGCAUAUCAUUUAUAUUCGGAGCAGAAGACUUUUCACACAUAUCACUAAAACCUGAUCACGAAUCACGUCCCCUAUGGAUUUCUCCAGUAACUGGUCAUAUAACUCUCGAAGCUUUCUCCCCAAUAGCAGAGCAAGCACAAGACUUUCUGAUAGCGAUCAGUGAACCAGUGAGUCGCCCUUCUCAUAUACACGAGUACAAACUCACUCCAUACUCACUCUAUGCCGCAGUGUCUGUGGGAUUAGAAACAGAAGACAUUAUUGAAGUAUUGAAUAGACUGUCAAAGAUACAAAUUCCAGAACAGAUCGUUAAUCUUAUUAGACAAUGUACAUUUUCAUAUGGUAAAGUGAAGCUGGUGUUGAAGCAUAAUAGGUAUUUUGUAGAAUCAUCACAUCCAGAAACACUUCAAAAAUUGUUACAAGACGACAUUAUCGCAGCAGCAAGGAUAAUAAAUGAUGAGUCGCAAGAUAAAUAUUUUUUAAUGAAGAACAAAGCACCUACUGCUAAAGAUCUUGUCAUCCCUGGAAAGAAAAUAGAGGAUUCGUUAAAAUCUUCAGAUUCAAUGGACAUUGACACCGUAGACAAAAACGCCCUCCCAUCCUCCUUAUCUGAUGCAUCUGCCGAAAAUAAAAACGAUGAAGUAAAGAAGCGUUGUAAUGAAUUGGAUUAUCCUAUGCUGGAAGAGUAUGAUUUUAGAAAUGACACUACACUUGCGUCACUCGAUAUUGAUUUGAGGCCGAUCACAGUUAUUAGACCAUAUCAAGAGAAGUGUUUGAGCAAGAUGUUUGGUAACGGCCGUGCGAGAUCAGGCAUCAUAGUUCUUCCAUGCGGAGCUGGAAAAACGCUAGUGGGUAUCACUGCUGCAUGUACAAUAAAAAAAAGCUGUCUUGUGCUGUGCACUUCUGCGGUGUCAGUCAUGCAAUGGAAACAGCAAUUUUUGCAGUGGUCGAAUAUUAGAGAGAAUCAGAUUGCUGUGUUUACGAGCGAUCAGAAAGAGAAGUUCAUGGGCCAGUCAGGAAUAGUGAUUUCUACUUAUAGCAUGGUAGCAAAUACGCGUAACCGUUCUUAUGAAGCUACGAAAAUGAUGGACUUUAUUAAAGGUCGCGAAUGGGGAUUUAUUCUACUCGAUGAAGUACAUGUUGUUCCUGCAGCAAUGUUUAGACGUGUUGUCACCACUAUUGCUGCGCACACGAAACUCGGACUGACUGCAACACUUGUUCGGGAAGAUGAUAAAAUUUCGGAUUUAAAUUUUCUAAUUGGGCCAAAGUUAUAUGAAGCCAACUGGAUGGACCUGGCUUCAAAAGGCCAUAUUGCAAAUGUACAGUGUGCUGAGGUAUGGUGUCCGAUGACACCAGAGUUUUAUAGAGAAUACCUCAGAGAAGCGUCGCGGAAGCAAUUACUGUUAUAUGUGAUGAAUCCGAGAAAAUUCCAAGUGUGCCAGUACUUAAUUAGGUAUCAUGAAGAAAGAGGGGACAAGAUUAUAGUGUUCAGUGAUAACGUGUAUGCGCUAGAGCAAUAUGCAAUUAAAAUGGGAGUUCCGUUUAUCCAUGGUAAGACGGCAUCGCAAGAACGCAUGCGUAUCCUGCAGAACUUCCAGCACAAUCCCGCCGUUAAUACAAUAUUUCUCUCGAAGGUCGGUGAUACGUCAAUAGACCUUCCGGAAGCGACCUGCUUAAUCCAGAUAUCCUCCCAUUACGGCUCACGUCGACAGGAGGCACAGCGCCUUGGACGUAUUCUCCGUGCCAAACGUCGUAACGAUGAAGGAUUUAAUGCGUUCUUCUACUCUCUCGUUUCCACAGAUACUCAAGAGAUGUAUUACUCUACUAAGCGACAACAAUUUCUUAUUGAUCAAGGCUAUGCGUUCAAAGUCAUCACUAAUCUCGAGGGAAUUGAUCAGGCCGAUUUGGCUUAUAAAACAAAAGAAGAGCAGUUGGAAUUGUUGAACUCUGUCCUGAUCGCGAACGAGAAUGCAGCGGAGAUUGAUAACGACGUCGAAGCUAAUGUUGAUGAUCUUCCUGGAACGACAACUUCGAGGAAUUUCUCGAGACUUCCUCCAUUUGGAAAUAGGGUUAAGAGGAACGUCGGAAGUAUGAGGAGUUUAUCUGGUGCGGAUCAUAUGGCUUAUAAAGAAUAUGUCAGACAGGCAGGGUCAAAGAAGAUAAAAGACAAGAAGGAUAAGAAGGAUAAGCCCGAACAUCAUGCGUUCUUUAAGAAACACUAUUAUGCGAAGAAAUGA